AUGAAAGAAGACGAUUCUUCAAUAUCGUAAAAAAAGAUAGAUGAAUUAAUUAAGGAAUAAAAAUAUGCUGCACUUAUUUAGAUGAUUUCUAGAAGAGAUCCAAAUAGGUAUACUUAUUUAGUUUAUUAUUUUAGACUUAAACAAUACAACUCUAUAAAAAUAAAGAAUUAAAUAUUCAGAUUGAAUUAAGAUGUUGCUGUUUGUGCUAAUAAUAAUGAUGUGUACUCAGGUAAACUAAUCAAGAUAUUUUGUAUUAAAGAUUAAAAUAAUCAAUAUGUUCCUGUAAUAUAAGUUCAAUGGUAUUUUCUAUUUCAUAUUAUUUAUAGGUAUUACACAAAAUAAGAUCUAAAUUUAGAUAAGAAACUUAUGAAAUGUAUUUCAAUAAAGGAAUUGUUUUUUUCAACUCAUAUUGAAUUUUUGGCAGCUAAUAAAUUAUAAUGUCCUAUAGAAGUGAUGACAUUUGAUCAAUAUACAUAAUUAGAAUAUGAAGAAGAAACUAAAUUCUUUAGUAGAGCAGCAAUAGAUCUUAAAACAAUGGAACCUAUGCCUACAGUUGGAGAAUGGCCAAAAUCAUGUGUUUGUAGAAUGCCAUAGAAUCCAGAUAUAUAAAUGAUUUAAUGUGAAACAUGUGGAGAAUGGUUUCAUUUAGAUUGUGUUAAUAUUAAACCAGAAGAAGCAGAAUAAAUUGAACAUUAUAAAUGUCCAGGUUGCUAAUGA